UCGAGCGGAGUACCGUCGCUGCGUCGUUGCAUAUUUUAAUUGAAAAUAGCUGUUAAAAAGUUGUGUAUUAUAUAAAUGAAGGUUGUGUAUGUGUUCAAAGUUGUGUGAUGGGUGACCGAGGCAGAAAAUUAGUGCAGCUAGCCUGCAGUAACAAGCUAGAAACAGCGGGAUCAGGUGCUUCUGUUAACAGAUUUACUAUGACUGGACCUAGUGUUUCAACGGCAAAUGAAAACAUAAGCUGUUAUCAGCGAAACAAUAAAGAUGUUUCAGAUGAUGACUCCUCCGAUCUUGAUGAAACGCAAAUAGACAUCGCCGCCCAAAUGCACAAUAUUGUCAUCGAUGAUAAUAGUACGGCAGACUCGAAUGAUGAGACUGCUUUAUUUGGCAGUGACUAUUCCGAUGAAGAUCCUACUUACGUGCCAGAUUCUAAGGACUAUUCACCACAGCAAAUAGAUACCGACACUGAUUUUAUUCCUGAAAGUCCGAAUGUUUCAUACAAAGAGGAAGACUUUUUUAUGGUGCUAAUUGAUGAAGUUUUAGAUCGAUUUCUGUAGAAGAACUUGACCAUUUAGUAGGAGCUCCUUAUGUUCUAGAUACAGAUUCAGAGAACGAAACACCUCAGCAAAAUGAUUACGACCAUGAUAUUAUUAUUCCUGAAAGUCCCAGCCCAUGCAAACAGCAGGAACAUUCCUUGCCUGGAGAAGCUGAUGAAUGUCUAGAAAAAGCUCCUUCUCAUUUUUCAAAUUCAGAGAACGAACCACCAAAAAUUUUAAAAACAACUGACUCUAGUUGCAUUGGCAGCAUAAUCCCUGAAAGUUCAGAUGUUCAUUCUGAAGUAGAAGAUACUGUUUACUUAGUUUUAGAGAAUAUUUUAGACAGAGUUUUGAGGAGUACAAUUACAGCUUUUAUAGUCCCAAAAAAGACCAAUGUAACGUUUGUUCAAGAUACAAAAAAGCACAGUCGAAAGAAAAGCUAGAAGAAGAAUACCAAGAGCAUAUACAGGGUGUAAACCUAAUACGGGCGAACCUCUUAACGGUGGUGAGUAUAGAAUAUAAAGAUUGGAAUUAGGUAACUUUUACUUAAAAUUGAAAUAUUUUUUUUAUCCAUACAAAAUAAUUCGGCCCGCAACGUAAUGCAAACACACUCGCGUUAAACGCUCGUUGAC